GCGACACGAAUAAACACUUGGUCGCUUUUCUACACCACUGCCUGCGUCCACCAAAACAAAGUCACGCAAGCACACUUCAAAGUCUUCCACACCUCCGCCCAAUUGCAUCUUUGGCGAGACUAAAUUUCCGCCAACUGGCCUCUGCCUGCCCCACGUUCGCUCCUACAAGUCGCGCAGCUACGUAAUACGGGGCACCCACCACCAGGCACCUGCGGCCGCAUCUCUACGUGCACGCCCGCCGCACAUCCUCUCACCGCGCACAAAGCAGCCCGGCCACGAUGGCCCAAUACGGCUACGGACAGAGCCCGCCCUACGGCCAACAAAAUCCCCAAAACCUCCAGUUCUAUUCGUCCUCAUUCUCGAACCAGCCGGUCUCUGGACAUUCCACACCUUUCCAAGCAAACUACGGAGCGCCCCAGGCGGCGGCAUAUCCAGCACAAUAUGGCGCAGGCUUCAGCGCACCGGGUGUGAGCGGGCAGAUGGGCGUUGGAGCGUCUGGCCUGCGGACGGGAUGGCUGGCUGCAUUUGGCACUGAGGGAUACGACGGGGAACCGCCGCUGCUGGAGGAGCUGGGCGUGAACUUUGGCCACAUGAAGAUGAAGACGCUGGCGGUGCUGAACCCAUUCGGGAGGAUCGACCAGCACAUCAUGGACGACAGUGACAUUGCGGGGCCUGUACUGUUCUUCUUUAUCUUCGGAACGAGUCUGCUACUGAGCGGGAAACUGCACUUUGGGUACAUAUACGGGCUUGCGGUUCUGGGUACCAUACUACUCCACACUAUCCUCUCCCUUAUGUCACCACCUCUCUCCGCUGCCGAGGUAGCAUCGAGCCAAGACCAUGGUCAGCACGGAAGCUCGCACUUCUCCUCGUCCCUAACAUACCCGCGGUCCGCUUCGGUGCUGGGAUACUGCCUAUUGCCGCUGGUUCUGGUUGCGAUCCUGGGUAUUGUUGUGCCGCUGGAUGGCUUCUUUGGCUAUCUGCUUACGAGCUUGGCGAUUGUAUGGUGCUCGUACUCGUCCAGCUCUAUGUUUACGAUUGUUGGACGCAUGACUUCAAUGAGAGGCUUGGUGGCUUAUCCCAUGGUUCUGUUCUAUGGAAGCUUCGGUAUCAUGGCCAUUUUCAGCUCGAGGGGUACGGGGACACUGGCGAAGGUUGCGACUCCGGCCGCGUAGGCACCAAAUGACGCAGAGGAUUAUUUGAGGAACGAUUGAUGCGGAAUGCGCAUAUGGAGGCGAUAUACUGCACUUCUGAGGAUGAUACCACGUAGCUUUUUGGAAGACUCGAGCUAUAUGAUAUACAAACUUCCAGCGCAGAACAUACAUACUCAUAGUUGAACAUCAGUUCCAAAUUCUUCCAGC